AUGAAAUAUAUGCACAUAAUCGUACCUGCAGUUUUAGCUGUUAUAUUAAUCAUGUCGUCGAAAAAAGCAUCAGCUCAACCCGUUUGUUCAUCGGCAUUUCUCGAUAAUCCACAAAAUAGAAAACUUUGUGCGACUUUAGCUAAUUUUUUCGGUUUUCCAAACGCUAUCGAUGGUUUUCCCGAAGAUCUAAAAUCAAAUUACGGAUAUAAAAUACCCAUCGGUGGUUAUAAGGGAAGAAUUUCAUCGGCGGAUUUUAUCGAAUCAAUGCCAGGUACGAAAAGACAAGAUGUCGAUCAUGGAUCCGUGAUAAUAAAUGAUUGA